AUGAAACCAUCUAAGACGACAUCCCUUGAGGGCCAGCCAAAUUCGUUUGCCAAGCUAUUUGCAGCGCCAGCCGUUUCUUCUUCAAGAUCGAGAGCAUCUGGUAAUGAGCAUGAGUCCAUAAUCACCGAUGGUGAAGCCAUUUCAAACGCUUCCAAAAGUAGCAGACCUGGUGGGAAUCCUCUGCAUAAAGCGCCAUCAGGAGUGCCAUCUUCAUCUCUAAGGGAGAUAUCUCGUGGUGGAGAAGAACCCGAACUCACUGCUUCUACAGAGAUUCAGCAUCACAAAACGAGAGAAGAGAAGGUUAAAACUUUAAAGAAAUUGUCGAAACAAGAACCAACAAGUGAGAUUGCUGUCAAAAUUGCUUUUCUUGUUGAGUCCUUGAAUGAUUCGAAUCAUAUUACAGAAGAGAUAAUUAAAAAGUGCAAAGAAGGUGAACAGAAGUUGGAAGAUGGUUUGUUGCUAGUUAAACAAGCGCAACAGCGGUUGGAUCUGCUCUUGACGGAAAUUUCUGAUUGA